GACAGCUAUGAUGCAUCGUUUAUCCUUACUGUUAUGUUAUGCUCAUGUUCAGUCUUGCUGAUGAGUUUCUCUUCUUUAGAUUAAGCUCUGAAACUGUGAAUACGAAGGUAGGCAGUUUCACACCUGCGAAAGCGAGGUAUGCGUCUCACUUUUACCUUCAAGAUCCCAAGUAUAAAGGAGCGUGUUACACUGGAAUGUGGUUGUCUGGAAAACCUCAUGGGCAGUAAGUUAUCCUCUAUAAAACUACAUGUCUUGGAAAAUAUAAAUUUCAGUUUGGAUCUUCAGUGCUGUAGCUGGAAAAGCCUGGAAUCUCUAGGCCAGGGGAUUUCGGGAAUCUGCAUGGCUGGCCCUAGGAAAGUCUAAAGUUUCUUAGAACGGACUCAACUGAGGAAUAUUUUACUAUUUUAGUGAUUUUACAUCACAUAAUUUGUGACUUGUGAGGAUGAGAAUUCAGAAAAUAUCAUAUAUAAUACACACUGAGGAGAAUAUUUGUGCAGAAGAAUUAAAUCUUAGCAUUGAAGCAUUCAUAUUUGAUCAUUUCAAUCGAUUAAGUUUAACUGACAACUGUGAACUGUUACAUGCAGUUCGGAUCUUCAACAGUAAUCACUAUUUAUUACUAUUGACUAUUCAACAGCAAUGUGUUGACUUUUUUCAGUUAGUUUCAUUUAAUCAUUGUAAUAAUCAUUCUUAAUUUCUUAUCAGUAUAAAUUUUUGCUUGUAAUUUUGUCUUGGCCCAGCACACCUGGGAGGAUUUUCUACAGGCAUGGUUCAGGCCAGUAUAGCUCAGUGGUUCAGGCAUGGUAUGAAUAUUCAGGGGGUGCAAAAAAAUCUCAAAAAAAUCAUGGAAGAAUAUACAGAAUGCUGAUGGCUUGAACACGACGAACAGUUUAAAACUGAUACUGAUUCUUUUUUUAUUUUUUUCUCGUGUUCAUUAUUAAUACCUUUGUUUCAGUGGCAAAUUGGUGUGGGCGUCGACAGCACAAACUUAUGAAGGAGAAUUUAGGAACGGUUUAUAUAACGGGUAAGCAAUUAUUAUUUUUGUGUUUAUUAAAAUUAGCCUAUAAUUCCCAUUAUAGGCUAAUUUUAAAACUAGGCAAGGAGAUGCAAAUAAAUCACCACGGCUAGAACGAGCAUACUAAAAUGAGUAAAAUCGCAAAGUUUGGUUGCGAAAUGUUGUGAAAUGCGGAAAAUAUAGCCUUGCAAAGUUUGCAAAUUUUGUAUACUGUACUUUUGUAUUGCGUGCGGAAAUUGGGUUAUCGUUCCAUGUUUCGCGCACCAAUAUAUAGGUUAUAAGGUUAGGGGUUAGGAGUGAUUGAUUGAUUGAUUGUGAACUUUAUUUACCCACGGUAGACUUAUCAGGAUUUUACAUAAAAUAUGAUAAGAGAAUACAAUAUAGUUACAGAUUACAGAAUAUAAAAGUUAAUUAAGAUACUAAUUAUGUAUACAUACUAUACUAAUACUAAUUAUAUAUUACAAGAAUACCUGUUUUCCAUAAGUGCCGUGCUAAUAUAUUAAUAUAAAAAUCUAAAAUUAUUGACUAAUGUAUAAAGUUGCUGCAGUCUGACUUGAAUUUACGUAAUGAGUUAGACUGUCUCAACUCAACUGGAAGGGAGUUCCACAGCACAGAACCACUAUAGCUAAAACUAUUUUUCAGGUAAUUUGUGCGUGGUUGAGCUAAAGCUAAUUUUCUACUGGUGUCUCUCAAUGUAUAAUUUGUUACGCUACUUCGAUCAACAAACAUUUCAGACAGGUAGUCUGGCACAAAACCACUAAGAGAUUUAUAGACCAUUAUAGCUUUGGCAAUUUUUCGCUGAGAUUCAAGGUUUUUCCAGCUCAAUUUUUCAAUUAGAUAUUCAGCAUUUGUAUCAUAAUUAGAUGAAGUAAGGGGCGGACCAUUAGAAAAGUGAUGGGGUGGGUGGGGAAAAAACAAAAAAAAGUUCGUCCAAGGCAAAUUAACUUUAAAAAAAAUUCCUGCAUGAUCAAAUUCGAGGAAAAAAAAUUCCUGCAGAGCGCAAUGAAAAAUAUAAUUAAAUCAUUGUUGGCGAGAUUGUUCAUUGUUGGAAAACAGGGCCAAGCUUUAUUUUAUUCUGGACUUGCAAUCCACGAUGUUAGUCAUCUUUCAACAAAAGUAGGUCGUUUAAUAUCUUCUAUAGACGUCUAUAGAAGAUUAUAGAAUGGUGGGCCAUGUAGCCGCACAUUCAAUUGCGGUGCCUUUGGCUUUGCAUCAUUUGGAGUGGUAUAUAAGAAUUGGACGGCUUCAUGUAAUCAUGUAUGUCUUUUAAUCAGAGUCAGACACAGGUAUUAAACUGACUCGCACAGAGUUACUACUGAAAUCGUAAAUUCGUAAAAUAGAUUGGAACUUGAAGUUGAAAACGUAUUUUGUAUAAAAUAUGUGUUUUUAAUAAAAAGUCUGGUAUUGGGGUUUGGCUUUGGGUGAAUGGGUGGGGCUAGGUCUGAGGAAAAUGAGAGAUCUUUGUCUUUUGACUCCAUGGCUGUAUUAAAAUAUAUAAUAGUUUUCUACAACUUUUCAAAAGUAAUUGUUCAAGGAAUUUAAUCACAUUAUUUAUUGAAAGAACAGAAAAUAGUUAGUCUUUUUCAUACGUUACUUGUGCUUUGUUAAGAAAACUUCUAGUUUCAUGGAAAAAAAAAAUUCGUGCAAAUAAUUUGGUGCCAAAAAAAAAUUCCUGCAACGCCAAAGCAGUCGAAAAAAAUAUCGUGCAUGCAAGAAAAGUCCCCCCCCCCCAUCACUUUUCUAAUGGUCCGCCCCUAAGUACUCUAGCGGCUCGAUUUUGGAGUUUUUGCAGUUUAUUCGCAAGAGUACUGCCGCAACUAUCCCAGACAACGCAACAGUAAUCGAAAUAGGGUUGAACUAAGCAAUUGUAAAUAAGUUGCAUUGUGGAAGGUGGGACGAAUGGCCAUAGAUAUCUCAUAUGAGAUAUCUAUGCGAAUGGCCUUAUACGCUUUAAUGCACCUAUGCCAGAAGCGACUUUUUUGCAUAAUUUCUCGAUAUGAACAUUCCAAGUCAAGUUCUCGUCUAAAUGUACACCAAGUGACUUUGUGUGAGAGACUUGUUUAAUUGGUACGUCAUUUAUUGUCAGUGAAGGACUAGAGUUGAAAGUACUAAUCCUUUGACGGGAGCCGAUUAGCAUAAAUUCUGUUUUAGAUUGGUUUAAAGUAAGUUUGUUGGCUACUAACCACUCACUGACUUUAGCAAGAUCUUCGUUGAAGUGAUGAUCAAUGUCAUCAAUAUCAUUACUUGCGUAAGUCAAAUGAGUGUCAUCUGCAUACAUGCGUGCACGUGAGUGAGAGAGGCAAUUCGGGAGAUCAUUGAUAUAGAUUAAGAAUAAAAGUGGCCCCAGAAUAGUUCCCUGGGGAACUCCACAACGGAGUAAACGAUUUGUCGAAAAAUGACCAUUAACGAAACAUUUUUGUUUCCGUUCACUGAGAUAUGAUUUGAACCAGUUGCCAGCAACACCAUUGAUGCCAUAUGAAUUUAGUUUUCCUAAAAGAAUCUCGUGGUCUACGGUAUCAAACACCUUCCUGAGGUCGGGAAACAGGACAGCAUUUACGCUUCCAUGAUCGAUAUUAUAAGCCCAAUCGUUAGUGGCCUCAAGAAAGGCGGUAACAGUAGAAUGUGGACCACGAAAUCCCGACUGACAAUUAGUUAACAGACUAUUUUCAGAUAGAAAUAAUUACAGCUGAUCAUAAAUUAUCCUUUCGAAAACCUUAGCCACUACCGAGACAAUGGAAAUCGGACGAUAAUUGUCAGGGCAAUUACGUUUCCCUUGUUUGUGUAUUGGGACAACUUUAGCGUGUUUCCACUCAUCUGGGAAUACUAGGGUUAGGGGUUAGGUUUAAGGUUAGGGUAAGGGUUAGGGUGUGUAUAUAUGUGUAUAUAUGUAUAUAUGAAGGUAUCCAGUUAACUUUUCAGUACACUAUAAUAUCCAUUACAUAACGUUCACUAUAUUGGUGCGCGAAACAUGGAACGACCAGAAAUGGUUACUAUUUUCGGCCCAAAUGUGGUAGCAAUUUCCGCACGCAAUACAAAAGUAUACAAAAUUUGCGAACUUUGCAAGGCUAUAUUUUACAACAUUUCGCAACCAAACUUUGCAAUUUUACUCAUUUUAGUAUGCUUUUUCCGGGAAUAUAUCUUUUUUUGCCAAGAUAAAGAAAUUAGUCUAUAAUGGGAAUUGUCUAUUGUUGAAAUUUCUCCUAAACUAUUGAGAUCAGUUCUCUUAUAUAACAGGGGAAAUCAACAUACAUUGUUUCAAUCUGUUAAGGUUUGGUCGCAUGAUAUUUGUGUUAAAUGCAUCAGCUGGUGUCGCAGAGGAAUAUAAGGGCGAAUGGAAAGAUGGUAUGAUGCAUGGCCAGGGAGAAAUGAGGUAAGUCAUUAAAUUACGAGGCUGUUGGCAGUCUCUUCCUCGUGCUGCCUUCGUUCUACCAGGGAUGGGUUUACUGAGGAGGGGAGUGCAGUGAGCGCACACCUACACCCCUCCUAGUCGUCGCAAAGGGGGUGCCUAGAGGGGUAUCAAUUUUCUUAACCAAGAAACCCCUCUCCAUUAAACCCCUCUGUCCAAUAAAUCCCCCUCCCAAAUUCGCUUGAAGUGAGUAAGCCUCUGAGGGGUUGAUGCAGGAUUUACGGUUAACUUACUGUAUAAUUCCCUCCAUUUUCUCGUCUCUAGUUACAGCGACAAGCAAGUCUACAUAGGACACUGGAUGCACAAUGUCCGUCAUGGCCACGGCGUGCUGCGCAUGGGCACAAUGACGUCACCAACACCGAGUAUCUUCACAGGAAACUGGGACAACGAUAAACGAUCAGGGUUUGGUGUCAUGGAUGAUAUUAUGAGGUGAGCUAGUGUAGUGUAUAAAGUACAGGUAUGAUUUUAAUCUUGCAUUCUGCAUAAAAAGAGUUGAUGAGAGUUCUUGCUCUUUUGACCUGUAAUAUCCAGUCAACUCUCAUUAACUCCUAUGCAACUCUUGUUCUCGUUUGACCGGGACAUGAGAGUUGAGAAAACUCUCAUACAAACUCUCGCUUGCCAACUCUUAUCAACUCUCAUUCUCGCUUAAAGUGUGACUAAUCCCAAAUAUAAAUUUGGUAUGUGUAAUAUUUGGGUCAUUCUGAGAAGAAAUGUAAUGUAUCUUUAUAGUAAAAAACCCUCAUCUUGAUCAACUUUUUCACUGUCAAAGUUCCAGAUAUGAUGUCAUUAGGUGAAUUUUUGGUGCAAAAAAAACAAAGAAAAACUAAUUUGCAAUUCACCUAAUGACGUCAUAUCCGCAAACUUUGACAGUGAAAAAGUUGAUCAAGAUGGGAUUUUUUAUUAUAAAGAUAUAUUACAUUUCUUCUUUGAAUGACCCAAAUAUUACAUAUACCAAAAUUCGUAUUUGUGGUUAGUCGCACUUUAAGGAUAACAAGUUAAUCCGAAUUGUCCCCUACAGUAUGGGUAAAAUAAGCCUUUGCUUUAUUAUUCCCGUAUUCAAUACAGUAUGUCAUGUUCAUUCCGAGAAUUUCAUCUUUAUAUUUUUCUUCAUAUUAGAGGAGAAAAAUACAUGGGCAUGUGGGACAAUGACGCGAGAAGUGGAAACGGUUUGAUUGUAACAUUAGAUGGAAUUUACAACGAGGGACGAUUUUCUUUGAACAAACUCAUGGUAAGAAGUGCUCAAUAUAACAGUCGGCCAUUUUCCGAGCAAAACGCCAAUAUAUGGCCGUCUUCUGAUUGCUCUUCACGGACAUUAUGGCCGACCCAAUUAUAUUUGCCACAUUAAUUUGAAUGAUUUCUCCCUCAUUCUUGCAAAACUAAAAUUUCAUUUGAGUUACACCAAUCAACGUGUUGUUUUAGGAAGCUUGAAAUGUCUGAGUAUUUAAUCUAAUCGUUUUCAGGCAGUUCUGACCAAACCCAUCUCGGCAACGUAUUUUAUAUAAUAACGUUAAGAAUUCAAGCGCUUUCAUUGUUCGAGAGCCAUGAUCAAUUAGCGGACAGACGCACGGAAUUACGUCACACAAAACCUUAUCCAACAGCAUUCAUUAUUUGUAUAGAUUAUGUACGUAAAAUUUUGACUUUUUCAAAUUUCCAAAUGUUUGGGUGGAUAAAAAGUAAACUAUUUACAGUACCUGUUUAAUUCGGAGGCGAGUGAGGCGAGUGGGCCACUUUUCUGUUCUUCCCACAUUAUGACGUCACACUGUGUAUCUAUAACUGAACAGACAAUGGCAAAGUCUUAUCUAUGCGUUAAAUAGCACAUUACCUCCACUGAAUCGCCACAUUCUAACUUGUGCUUCUCUUUGUAUUCGAGGGUCAAGGUAUUUUACUGUGUCAUGACAAUACAAAGUUCGAGGGAGAUUUUUGUGGUGAUGCACAAGUCAACGGAAAGGUAGGAAACGAUCUAGCUCAUGUACUGUUUAAUAAUUCGUUAUCAACGAAUGCAUGGAUUAGUUUAUUGCUUGAUAAACUUUCAUUGAUAUAGGGUGACCUGAUAUUCUUGAUAUUAAAUGUGACGACCAGAUCUUGGCAGGUCUGCAAAUUAAUGCCGAUCAUCGGACAUUGUCCGGCCAAAUUUUAUCUUUUGUCCGAUCAAAGCUUUUUAUGCCUGGACAUGUGACCGACCGAUUUAGGCUAGUCAAAUCUGCAAUCUCAAAAAAAUAUUUAUUUAACACAUUUUGUAUUAAUGAAACCAACUAGAAAGCAAUAUAGACAGCACUUCUCCACUAUUUCUUACUGCAUUAAGCCGUAAGAUUUAAUAAUAAAUCUACAUCACCUUUGUAUACCUGGUAGAAAUUAAAGUUACGUAUAACCUGAACCAUAAUUUACUGAUGCAUUAGAACUGGUAGAUAUGUACUCAGGUUUAGAUGUAUUGCAGUGCGGACUAACAUGAUCAGGCAAAAAAUACAUCGUGCUAAUUUUAAAAACAAAAUAUGAAAAUUUUUACUUUGUCCGUUGUCCGGUAAAAAUCGAUAAAUGUCCGACCAAUUUUUGGCUUGGCCAGACAUUUGUCCUUCCAAGUAAAAUAAUGAUUUGCAAGCCUGCUUGGUAUAGUCACUUAAAAUUUCAACUUCUAAUACUAUACAUUAAAUAGGGCGUGCUUACGAUGCCGAAUGGAGAUCGUAUAGAGGGGACAUUUCAAGGACAGUGGAAUGAAGGUCUCAAAAUCAACGGCUUGUACUUUAAAGGAACUGGUCCCGAGGAAAAUUCCGCAGUUGCGUUUCCUGAUAGGUAAGAACAUCCAAGUCGGAGAGCCUAUAGUUACAUUUUUCGAAACUGCUCCUGGUUAGACCUAAAGGCCCAUUUCCACUCGGGAAAAUUUUCCGCAGAAAGAAAAUUUUGUACAAUUUGAUUGGCUGACACAAAUUUUCCGUCAGAAAAAAAUUUUGAAGUUGAAAAUUUUCAACUUUUAACAAUGAUAUUUUCGGAAAAUUUUCUGUUCAUGGAAAAUUUUCUUGAGUGGAAAUGGGCCUUAAAGGCGGUUUUCCACUAGGCGAAAUUUUUCGAUCGAACCGAAAAUUCUAUUGUUCAAAUUCAAAAGAUUUCUGAUUAGUUCCAUCUGAGUGCUUGUAAGACAAAAGAAAAUUUCGAUUCGGUCGAAAACUUUCGCCUAGUGGAAAACCGCCUUAAAGCCCAGGGCAAACUAGGAAACAUUGUUGCGAAAACAUUGUUUCCUACCAAUGUUUCGCCAUGUUUCCCAGAGUGGGCAAACACUAGGAAACAUUAGUGAGAAACAUAGGGAAACAUCAAAUGUUUCUGAAUAUGCUAGGAAACAUUUUUACUUUUCGGGAAACAAAAUUUGUUUCCGCAGCAAUGUUUCCACGGGUGGGCAAACAGGGAAACAUUUGAGGAAACAUCGAGAAUCGCAAAUGUUUCCACAACAAUGUUUCCUAGAUUGUCCAGGGCUUAAUAAAUAUAUAAAAAUUCAACUCAGAAUUUCCAUCUACAAAAAUCUUGUAAAUUUUAAGAUAUAUAUUGUUUAUCGUUAUGCAAACUUUCAAGGAGAUCAAGUGUAAUGCAUUUUUUAUUUGCAUUGCCAGUAGAGCCGUAAGCACUCACUCACCGUACUACAUUCCUGCCACCAAGAAAUGGCGCAGCGUUUUCAACGAAUGUCGUGAUCGUCUUGGUUGCCUUGGUAACGAUGAACCUGAUUUGAAGAAGGCAUGGAAGUCUGUUGCGGAGGACCUGGUACGAGCUCCUGUGGCGAAAACUAUGCAUCAAGAACGUGAGAUCAUUGAUGAUAUUCUGAAAGGCGUUGACUUGGAUCAGGCGAAGAAGAUUGCUAAAGAUAAGAAAAAAUUGCAGGAAUAUUUGAUCAAGGUAAGCUGACGAUUCCUCCACGAACAGAAGUGUGUGUGUGCGUGUCAGUAUCUUGAAAUGAUACAAGGUACUUCCCAAUAGGGAACACAGUGGUAGUAGAAUGUUACAACGUUGAUGAAACAAGGUUGUAACAACAUGCUUAUGUCAUGACUGUAUCAAACUUGUUAGAACAACCUUGGAACAAGCUGAACGGAUAAUAUCGAACAGAUAAUAUCAACAAGCUGCUUAUAAGCUGUCGACAAAUUUGUAACAAACUUGAUGGCAUUAUCAGACUUGUUGCAAGGUUGUUCUAACAAGUCUGAUACAGUCAUGAUAUAACAAGAAUGUUACAAGGUUGACGAAACAAAGUUGUAACAAUAUUGUUAUAUCAUGACUGUAUCGGACUUGUUGGAACAAUCUUGGAACAAGUCUGAUAAUAUCAACAAGCUAGUGGCAAGCUGUUAACAACUUGUGACAGGCUUGAUGGCAUUAUCAGACUUGUUACAAGGUUGUUUUAACAAGUCUAAUACAGUCAUGAUAUAACUGGAAUGUUACAAGGUUGAUGACACAAGGUUGUAACAAUAUUGUUAUAUAAUGACUGUAUCGGACUUGUUGGAACAACCAUGGAACAAGUCUGAUAAUAUCAACAAGCUUGUUACAAGGUUGGCGAAACAAGUCUGAUACAGCCAUGAUAUAACAUGAAUGUUACAAUGCUGAUGACCCAAGGUUGUAACAUUGUUAUAUUAUGACUGUAUUGAACUUGUUCGAACAACCUUGGAACAAGUCGGAUGAUAUCAACAAGUUUGUUACUAAUUUCUUAUUAACCGAGCGCAAGGUCUUUACAGAGAAUUAUUGGACCAAGGUCUUUUUUGCACGGACCGAGCCCGUAAGGCGAGGUUUGUACAAAAAGACCGAGGUCCGAUAUUUCUCUGUAAAGACCGAGCAAGCGACGUUAAUAAAAAGUUUAUUAUAUGGCAUUUAUAGGCAUCUAUACUUGAAACAAACAAGAAAUGCAUGAUUUGAAACGCAUAUUAGUAGCGUGGUACACAUUUGUGAUUUCGUCGAAGAAAACAAAAACUACCAAUGUAUUCCUUCUUUUCCACUAAAAACCAUUCGCAGAUAUCUUAUUAAUAACAAAUUAAAUUAUAAUUUUCAAAUUUUCAAUUAGUUUUGCUGUUUUAUUUUAAAAUGCAACGUUUGUUUUUACGUAAUGGACCACCGGUCCAUGACGAAAAUAACGGACCGCUGAAAGUGCUUCUCAGCCAAUCACAGUACGCCAUUUCACCGGAAGUGAUACUUACCAUAUAAUAAAAGCUGUUAACAACUUGUAUCAAGCUUGAUGGCAUUAUCAGACUUGUUACAAGACUGUGCUAACAAGUUUGUUACAGCCAUGAUAUAACAAGGAUGUUACAAGGUUGUCAACACAAGGUUGUAACAAUAUUGUUAUAACCUUGCAACAAGUCUGAUAAUUUCGACAAGGUUGUUACAAGUUGUCAACAAGUUGUUCCAAACCUGUUGACAACUUGGGACAAGCAGUGCGAAUACCUCGUGUUGACGGCUUGUUGGCAGACUUGUUACAAGAUGUGAGAUUUUGAGAUGUGAGACGUGUGUACAAGUCUGAUAAUAUCAACAAGAUUGUUCAAGAUGUUAACAACUUGUAACAAGCUUGAUGGCAUUAUCAGACUUGUGACAAGGUUGUUUUAACAAAUCUGAUACAGUCCUGAUAUAACAAGAACGUUAGAAGGUUGAUGACACAAGGUUGUAACAAUGUUGUUAUAUCAUUAUCUGACUGCAUCGGACUUGUUGGAACAACCUUGCUACAAGUCUCAUAAUAUCAACAAGCUUGUUACUAGUCUGAUAAUAUCAACAAGAUUGUUUCAAGAUGUUAACAACUUGUAACAAGCUUGAUGGCAUUAUCACACUUGUGACAAGGUUGUUCUAACAAAUCUGAUACAGUCAUUAUAUAACAAGAACGUCACAAGUUUGAUGACACAAAGUUGUAACAAUAUUGUUAUAUCAUGACUGUAUCAAAUUUGUUGGAACAAUCUUGGAACACGUCUGAUAAUAUCAACAACAUUGUUACAAGUCUGAUACAGUCAUGAUAUAACACAUGAAUGUUACAAUGCUGACGACCCAAUGUUGUAACAGUGUUGUCAUAUCAUGACUGUAUCGGACUUGUUGGAACAACCUUGCUACAAGUGAUAAUAUCAACAAGAUUGUUUCAAGAUGUUAACAACUUGUAACAAGCUUGAUGUCAUUAUCAGACUUGUGACAAGGUUGUUCUAACAAGUCUGAUACAGUCGCGAUAUAGCAGGAAUGUUACAAGGUUGAUGACACAAGGUUGUAAUGAUAUUGUUAUAUCAUGACUGUAUCGGACUUGUUGGAACAAUCUUGGAACAAAUCUGAUAAUAUCAACAACAUUGUUACAAGUCUGAUACAGUCAUGAUAUAACAUGACGACCCAAUGUUGUAACAAUGUUGUUAUAUCAUGACUGCAUGUAUCGGACUUGUUGGAACAAUCUUGGAACAAGUCUGAUAAUAUCAACAAGAUUGUUUCAAGAUGUUAACAACUUGUGACAAGCUUAAUGGCAUUAUCAGACUUGUGAGAAGGUUGUUCUAACAAAUCUAAUACAGUCCUGAUAUAACAAGAAUGUUACAAGGUUGAUGACACAAGGUUGUAACAAUAUUGUUAUAUCAUGACUGUAUCGAACUUGUUGGAACAACCUUGGAACGAGUCUGAUAAUAUCAACAAGCUGUUAACAACUUGUAACAAGCUUGAUGGCAUAUUCAGACUUGUUACAAGGUUGUUGUAACAAGUCAGACUUGUUACAAGGUUGUUGUAACAAGUCUGAUACAGUCAUGAUAUAACAAGAACGUUACAAGGUUGACGAGACAAGUUUGAACAAUCUUUUUAUAUGAUGACUAUAUCGGAUUUGUUGGAACAACCUUGCUACAAGUCUGAUAAUAUCAAAAAGAUUGUUACAAGCUGUUAACUUGUAACGAGCUUGAUGGCAUUAUCGGACUUGUUACAAGAUUCGCGAAAGAAGUCUGAUACAGUCAUGAUAUAACAAGAAUUUUACAAGGUUGAUCACACAAGGUUGUAACAUUGUUAUAUCAUAACUGUAUCGGACUUGUUGGAACAACUUUGGAACAAGUCUGAUAAUAUCAUCAAGCUUGUUAGAAGCUGUUAACAACUUGUGACAGGCUUGUUGGCAUUGUCAGAUUUGUUGCAAAGUUGGCGAAACAAGUCUGAUACAGUCAUGAUAUAACAAGAAUGUUACAAGCUAGGUUGACGACACAAGGUUGUAACAAUAUUGUUAUAUCAUGACUGUAUCGGAUUUGUUGGAACAACCUUGCUGCAAGUCUGAUAAUAUCAACAAGAUUGUUUCAAGAUGUUAACUUGUACCAAGCUUGAUGGCAUUCUCAGACUUGUUACAAGGCUGACGAAACAAUUCUGAUACAGUCAUGAUAUAACAGGAAUGUUACAAGGUUGAUGACAUAUCAUGAUUAGAUGAUAAGUUCUUAUUUUUAAAACUCUAUAUUUUACGUAAUUAAUCUUCGUCAUAGGCAUUCAGUUUGCCGUGUCAUCCUCUGGGGAGACUACUCGAGACUUUGGUUGACGUUUAUAGAGCGACAUAUGUCGGUAUGGGUGCUCACAGUCGACUGUUACCACAUGCUGUUGAAGAGAUUAAGUCUUACAUCGAGAGAGUGUAUGCUAUCAUCAGGUAAAAAUCAACUUUUGAAAAGUUAUAUUUUACACAUUGGAUGAAAUACAUUUUUGGUCAUGCUUUGGUUUGUGGUAACACCACGUAAAUUUAUUAUUUGCCUGAUAUUAUUAUUGGACAUGUAUUUUUAAUUUAAUUUAAUUUGCAACGUUUCGGACAUUUUAAAUGUCCGUCUUCAGGCUUUAACAACAAUUGUCGCCUGAAGACGGACAUUUAAAAUGUCCGAAACGUUGCAAAUUAAAUUAAAUUAACCUUUUGAAAAAUCCUUGAGAAAUAAAAAUAAGUAAUAAGUUAUUUUAAGAUUGGUUGCUAAAUGUUGUAAAAUGAAGAAAAUAUAGCCCUGUAGUUCAACGUUCAAGCAUCAAUAGCGCAGUCAAUAUUGCAUGUAAAUUCAAGUGUUAUAUAUCAAAAUCUAAGUUAGUCCUUUCUGAAUGCAAUGAUCUUUAUUUCGAUAGCUUUUAUAGCUUUUACGUUACAUGAAAUUAAACAAUAUCCAGUUUUUUGUGGGGACACCCGGUAGAAUAUACAAUUUUACAUGAAUUCCCCAUUUAUCUAUUCUAGAAUAUUGUUUCCGUCUUUGCCCAACGAAGACUUUGUUCAUGUCGGCGACUCGAAUGAAGCUGACGGGCAGUCAGAAGGCGGGGGUUUAGACAGUAAUACGUUACUUGGACCUCUCAUAUUCCCGCGCUUUUAUCCACCGCUUUUUACCCUGUAUGCUUUGCACAACGAGAAGAACGACAGCGCGUACUGGGAACGAGUCUUGCAACUGAACAAACGGACCGACCUUGCGCUCAUGUCAUAUCUGGAAGUUAAAAGGUAAUCACCAGAAGCUUUUUCUUGCUUGAUGCUGUAUGUAAUUCUUCAUUAAAUCACACUUGAAUCAAGCAUUAGCUGCAGAGAUCAUGAAAGUAUCUUGUUGUAUUUUCUUUGCAGAACAUUUUGGCUCGCUUCAGAAGAAACCAAUGGUUUAGUGUAUGAAGCGGUAACUAUCACUAUGUGACUAAAUAUAUACUGUUUUUUUUUUUACAUUCAUGAGAGGCAAUUUUGAAAAUGCAUUUCUACCUUUUGAAAUGCAUUUGCCGGUUGAGAAACAUAAAAUAGUAGUAAAAAUUUUCAAUUAAGAUACACUUAUCAUUGAUGCUUUAAACGUGACGCCAUAUUUGCGACAAUAUAAGCAAAACUUACUGAACUUCAGACAUCAUUUUCUCUUUGGCGUACCAUCCAAGAUCUGUUUAUUUUAGCAUUAUUUUACAGAUAAAGCACUAAGCAUGCUUUUUAAGUUUGUUUGCCGAUCGAGAAACGUAUCGAAAAAUAAAAAUUUUGAAUGAGCCACAAGUGGCACAUUAUAUACUUAUUAUAGUUUUGAGCGCGCGGUGCGUAACAUACAAAAAUCUCCUAAUAGACAACUUGCAUGUGUUAGACUAAUUUUUUAUCUAGGCAAAAAAGUAAAUCCCGUAAAGAACUUAUUAAAAUUGCAAAAUUUGGUUACGAAAUCUGGUAAAAUACGGAAAAUAUAGCCUUGCGAAGUUUGCAUAUUUUGUAUAUGUUUGUAUUACGUGCGGAAAUUGUUACCAUUCUUGAGCCGAAAAUGGUAACAAUUUCCGCACGUAAUACAAACAUAUACAAAAUUUGCAAACUUUGCAAGACUAUAUUUUCCAAGCUUUACAACAUUUCGCAACCAAAUUUUGCAAUUUUACUAAUUUAUAGCUGUGGGGUUUGAUUCCCUUCUCUUGACUUAGAUUAAAAUUUAGUCUAACAUGCAAGUUAAGUUGUCCAUUGUAUUAAAAUUAUUUUGUUUUCUGAGGUAUAUUUAUAUGUUGUCUGUGUUGAUGUUUAGGAUUUGACGGACUGGAAACACACACAUUACUAUGGAAAGGCAGUGGACGCAUUUCAACAGAUCAGGUAAGUUUGUGUAAUUAUUUUUUGACUUUAUUCAUUUUGUUAUUAUUUUUAAUCAGCCUUUCUCACGGCCGAUUUUUCGCCAUUUUUGGGUACUGCCUCUCCCACGUUUGAGAGUUUCCGCACCACGAAAUACAACUUUUUAUUAUUGUUGUAGUUUGUAUAAUGGUAAAUUUCAUAGAUAUCUUAUAUACACUAGAUAGCGCAUCUCUUUUAGUAAAAUUGAAGCCAAGAAUAUUUCAGCGGUUACCCCCAUUUGAAUAGAUGGCGGCCAUGUUGGUAUUUCCCACUCGCUAAUAAACGCUUAAAAAUAACAAUAACUUUCAUCAUUUGAAUAGUUUAAAAAUGUAUUUGGAAUAGGGUUAACUUAAUGUUUAAGUUCUCUGUUUAAGAAAUAGAAAACAUACGAAUCUUCUCAUUUCAUCAUGGGAACGACCUGAGACUGCAAUCACGGCUUCAAUUUUUGAAUUGCAGAAUAAUUAGAUGCACUAUCUAGUGUAUAUAAGAUAUCUAUGGGUAAAUUUACAGUUACAAUUUUUAAAAGUCGCUUUUCACGUUGUUUGAAUUGUCUAGAAUCUUUCACGAGGGUAGACAGUACCCCAAAAGCCUUCGUGAGAAAGGCUAAUUAGAUACUUUUAUCAAAUUAAUUAACAAAUAAACAACAUAUGCGUACAUAAUAUGAAUAAUAUAUUGAGUGGAAGUAAUCACAAAAAUUGUGAGUAACUUGAUGAGGGGCUAACGAACGAACUCGAAGUCCCAGCGAUGUUAACCCCUCGGCAAAACAUUACAAUACGAUUUGAAAGUUAAAGGAAUGAAUAAAAGUAGAAAGAUUUACUCAAGCAAAAAGUUAUUAGACAGUUCCCCCCCCCCCCCACCCCCUCCUUAAAUCCGCCAUGUCAACCCCACACGAGUUGUUUGUUAUUACGUUGCUCUAUAUUUGUUUGCAGCUUGUUAAAACUCUGGGAGCAUUUACUCCCACACUUACAAAGCCUUUUCUAUAUAAAAUAUGUUUUUUUAUUAUGUUUUGCAGUACAAAAUUUAGUCCUAUGGAGAAGAUUUCAGUCUUGAAAGAAACAUUUCACCGCAUUCACAAGGUAUGAUUGAAAAGCUUCAUGAUGUAUGGGAUUGCUUUAUCACUUCUAAACUUCAGUCUUCAUGUUUUCUUUAGGCGUCCAGUAAGGCCUUCGCUUAUUUGUCCAAUGUCACUAGUCACUACUGGAAGAAACUCCAGUAACCAAUGAAAUUCCCCCUCCUUCUUGCACCUCGUUUUGCCAAGGGUAAGGGGGUCCACACACCCUCCCCUCCUGUAAAUCCAUCCCUGUUCUACCUAUAACACAUACAUGCAUUACAUUAUUAUUCAGUUCACUCCCCAUUGGGGCGUUUCAGUGACCGAUUACAUCAAGUAUUACGCUCAUGUUACUUAGCUUAGACUAUUUAUCUUUGCAACAAUUGAGAUAUUUUGCUUUCCUAACUGUGUUUAUCCUAACCCACCCUGUCAACUUUUCCUGUGGGAGGAAACCGGAGCACCCAGAGAAAACCCACGACUUUCGCCAGAGUGUUGACUGACUCUUUUCAGUGUUGACUGACUCUUCUCUCUUGCCACCACCGCAGCCCCAUUACUGUGAGCCUACAGUAACAUGCAUGUUACUGUAGGCUUAGGAAUCAUUGAUACGUUUUAGGAAGUGCAAGAUUUCUGGAAAGGCGAAGAAAAAAUAGUGUCCUUGGACGACUUGUUCCCAGUCUUUCAAUUUGUUGUAAUACGGUCACGGUAUGUCGCAUGCACAUUACGUGAAGUACGGUCCAUUUAUCAUUUAGAUCAGUUGGGCUGCGCGGGAAGGCAUACGCCUUUGAUGUCUUCGGCUGCGCAGCUCUAUGCAAAUAAAUAUAUCGGAGGUUUUCAUUCCCGCAAUUUCAUUCAUGCAAAAUUAUGUACAUGUAUAGCGAUAUUUGAAAUGAGUUCACACGUUGCAAUCUAAACUGCUUUGAAAAUCAUUUUGGCAUUUUGUUAUCCAGCAUUUUUUAAUGACUUUUUUUGCGGCCUUGCGAAACUUUUUGGCAGCAUGGUGUAAUUUUUGAAUGUUUUUGAAUUUGAUUUGUUUUAAUGUGUUAGCGUUCAUCACCUUGGCUCGGAGAUUGAUUUUAUCGAGGAUUUAAUGGAGGCGAAAUAUCGCGCUGGAGAACAAGGACAUAUGUUCACUACUUUAAAGGUACGCGUUCAUGUUUUAAUUGAUUUGCAAACACGCUACAGAAAUUCCUAAAACUAUUAUCACUAGAGGUUACCCAGAGAUUGCAUAUACCUCCACAUCAGGUCGCGUAUCAUACAUAAAUUAUACAAUAGGCGAAUUAUACACAUUCAGCUUAUACUCUGUUUUAAUGCUUUAAUGGCGAGCUUGAGUAUGUAAGCGACGGUUUUGUCACCCCAAAAUUGGCAUAUCUAUUUUUGGCGGUAUUUACAUCAUAACGCUCGUUUAAAGGAGCAAAAAAAACCUUUAAAAUCUUACGUUUUGUCACAUGUGUUGAAGAUGAUGCAAACACUGUCCCCUCUUGGCAAUCUGACGUCCGUAUUGACAUAAACGUCGCUUGUUAAACUCGCUAAUGAACUCUUAAAAACAGUAUUACAUGCACUAUACCAGGAAGAUUUAACUAUGUACUGUUUUUAAUAAACGAGCAGGGGUGUCUUAUUAGGUUUAAAGACACGAGCGCGCAGCGCGAGUGGCUUUAAACCUAAUAAAACACGACCUGCGAGUUUGUUAAACGGCUUCAAACACGACUACAAAUUCAAUAGAUAUACUGCCUUAUUAGUAUUCUUUAUAUAAAGAAUACCAAUGAGGACACGACUACAAUAGAUACUGCCUUAUUAGUAUUCUUUAUAUAAAGAAUACUAAUUAGGAGUGUUUUAUCAGGUUUAAAGCCACUGCACGUGACAUAUUAUGGUUGACAUGAUUUGCCAAUAAGCUUAUGAAUUAUUAAUAUAACAUAUAACACUAUAUGUACAUAUAAUGUACUAAAACUGUCUGUACCAGUGUAGGUAUAGUACCGAUGUGUAAAUGCUGUGCUGAGUGGUGAUAUUACUACCUGAAAUAAACAAGCAGAAACUUGACGUUUCGUUCGAAGGCUACUAACUCUUGACAGAAGGGCCUUCGCUCGACACGUCGAGUUUCUGCUUGUUUAUUUCAGGUAGUAAUAUAACCACUCAGCACAGCAUUUGUACAUAUAAUGCCAGGGAACAAAAUAUACUGUUGUUUAAAAGUGAAUAACUAAUUGAUAAACAAAGACAGAAACAAUUUCAACAACGAGAACAACAACAAUUACAAAAUAAAACACAUGGUACUAAUUAGUAAGUUAAACUGUGUGUGACUUUAUUGACUUUAUAAGACAAACUUUUGCUUUAUACUAUAUAGACAGAAAACAAUUUGUGUUUCACAGUCAUACUUUAUUUUUUCAGGCUUGCUAUUAUCAAAUACUGAACGAAAACUGAGAGUCGAAUACUGUCCAUUAAUGGCGACGUAUAAAGACGACAUGCAAUUAUCCACGUCAAUCGAAAUUAUCCGUCAUGCGUCACAGCGUAAAGAUGGUUAUAAGUAUUAAAUCUGCUGUACAAUUUAAUCUGUAAUAACAUAUCCAUAAUAUACCAGCAUAUAUGCAUAAAAGAGACCGACACUGCGUUGUCCCAUUAAUACACUUUCAAAUUAGCCCAACAAUACCGAAGACCGUUCAGCAAUUUUCAAAUCGUGUUUUAAGGCCGAAACACAUCGGACGCGAUUCGGCAACGCGUCCCAAUUUUUCGAUUUUCACUGACCGAUAACUUUGUUCCUGGUUUAAGUUUUUCAAAUAUUAAGAAGCGCUAUAACAUUUUGAGUUAUUUGCGCUACAUAUCUUUUAAAAUUUCCUUUCAUUGGCUGUUUCAUUGGUGUCCGGUGUGUCUCGCGGGCCUACCUUUUUUACACAGAUGUUUUCAAGCACAGAUUAUCAAUUUGAAAAAAUAUUUCCAAGGGGGGGGAUUUCUGGGUUCAACAAAUCUAUGUUGGGAAUGCAGUGUUGGUAUUGAACUAUGAAUAUACAUAUAUGUUGCUCAUUUUAUCAUCCAUUGAAAUUGUAUAUAAGAAAGUUUAAAUUAUAUAGUUUGUAUUAUUGUUGAUGUAAUUAUAUUAUAUGAUGUAGCAGGCGACCUGGUCUUUUUCAAGCAAAAUAUAUAUGCAUGAGAGAAAAUUGACAAUAAUAUAAUGAUUUUUGUAAAAUGAUAAAAAUUGUACAUUUUUUUAACUAAAGGGAUUGUAGAUUAAAGAAACUAUUUCUUAAUUUUCUUUUUCUCAGAUUACGUUCAGGCUGGCCCGAUUUUAGGGACCGCCUGCCAUGCAGGUUUGAGCACGCCAGAAAUAUUUUUUUACGUCGCCAUUUUGAAUACUUAAUCAAUUAUUACGAUUGCGUUCCGAACACGCUCCGAACAAAUAUCCCUAACCAGUGGCACAGAAUAGAGACUAUACAGAAGCCCGACCUCUUGGUUUUUCCUAUGAUUUUGGCG